GUUCUCUCCCCAAGAGAGCUCCACAAAAAGAUUUUCCACUUCUCGGUGAGCAUCUGAGCGUUCUAAAAUUUCUUUUCCAGUCCUUUUUCUUCGUAAAAACGCCCUCUCUUCUUCUUCUUCUUCUUCUUCUUCAACCUCCUCCUCCGCUGGGGUCUUUUUCUGCAAAUUUCUGUCCUGCUGCUGCAAAAGAAUUUUCAAAAUUUGGGUUUAGGUUGUUUGAAGGGAUAGAAGUUUCUGAACGAAGAUCCAGAUCCUUUUUUUUUCUUCUGGGUUUUUGGUUUCGUUAGCCAAAGAGGGUUCUUUUUUCUGCAACCCAUCAGGCUAUUUUAUUUUACGUUUAUUUUUAGUAUUUUUAUCUCUUUUUAUAGAUCAAAGAGGCUACUUUUUUUAGCUAUCCUCUUAGAUUUACUGCAGAGACCCAGUUUCCUGUUCUUUGGUUUUGUUUGAGAACAAAGUUGGGUUCUUUUUCUCAUCUUCUUUGUUUAAUUUUUCUCAUUUAAGAUUCUUCCAGUUUUAAUGGCUACUGCUGUAGAUUUCAGUGAGGAGCUCAUGCAAGCACUCGAACCUUUUAUCAAAGGUGCUUCAUCUUCCUCAACCUCCUCAUAUUCUCCUCCUUCUUAUUCCUCAUCUUCUCCGUCAUCAACCAUCACCCUUGAUUCUCCCUACUCCUAUUCUCCCUACUCCUAUUCUCCCCUCCCCUCUUUUCAAAAUCCCACCUUUGAUCACUCCUCGCCAUCAAACUCCAGUCUUUUGAGCAUGGACCAGCCUGAUCUGAGCCAAGUUGGGCCAGUUGGGCUGACCCAACUGAGCCCACUUCAGAUCCAGCAGAUCCAAGCUCAAAUCCAGCUCAACCACCAACACCAGCUAAUGGUCUCCAGAACCCUGCAAGCUAGAAAUUACCAUAACACCCUCGGUGUAAAGCCCCAGCCCAUGAAGCUCCAGGCCUCGGUCGCUGCACCUCAGUCAAAACCCACGAAGCUCUACAGAGGGGUGAGGCAAAGGCACUGGGGUAAAUGGGUUGCAGAGAUCAGACUGCCGAAGAAUCGAACCAGGCUUUGGCUUGGAACCUUUGACACUGCUGAAGAAGCUGCCUUGGCCUAUGACAAGGCUGCUUACAAAUUGAGAGGGGACUACGCGAGGCUCAAUUUCCCUAACCUGAAGCAUACCCAUCUGGCUGGCAACCCUCUGCACUCGUCUGUUGAUGCCAAGCUCGAAGCAAUUUGCCAGACCCUGGAGAGCCCUGGGAAGAAGAAGGUUAGCACCGGGUCGAAGCCUGAGCCGGUUGUUUCAUCGCCGACUGUUGAGACCGAGGAGGAGUCUUCCUCUUCUUCUUCGGUGACGGGGGCGACGAAUUCUCCGGUUUCAGAGAUCGAGAGCUUGGAUUUCAAUGAGGUGCCGUGGGAUGAGACUGAGGACUUUGUGUUGAGGAAAUACCCAUCCUAUGAGAUUGAUUGGGAUUCUAUAUUGUCUUCAGCUUAGUAGUGUCUGGUUUGUGCUUGUUGUUGUUAGAUUUGGGGGUCUUUAGUGGCUGUUGCAAAUGGAGUUUUUGGCAUUUGCAUAGCCUUGUUCAGGGAUUUUUAGUUUAGUUUAUUUUUUUUUCUUUCUUUUAGAGUGUAAGAACUCAUGGCCUCUGCUGAUUAUUUUUGCUUGGCGAGGCCGUUGAGGGGUUAAGUGUACUACUAUUGUCAGUUCCAGGUGUAACUCUUCUCUGUUGCAGCUUUGUAAGUAUGAGUGUAUCUUGUGUUUAAUUAAGGUAUAUUUGUAGUUUUUGA